AUGGCCUCCGCUCACGAAAGCGACAUCGCAGACGGGGCAUCUGCCAGCACAUCCUCGUCGAGCUCAUCAUUCACAGCAUUCAUUUCCGCGGAUGAUUUUGGUGUGGAUGUUCCACCAAGGUGUCCGACGCGCCUUGGUUUCAGAUUAGAUCAGGUCCCGGAAGAGAGCUCAUUAGAGCUUGAGCAGGACUCAGACUGCGAAGAAGCAGAGGCGGCGUCUCGCAAAAACAAAACGCGUCGUUUCUUCCUCGAAGACGACUCAGAAACACGACAUCCCACCGACGAAGAGUUUACACAGGAUACAAACCCAGAUAGCUCGUUCACCUGCUGGAGGUACUCGUCUGGCUUAGAGUCGGAAGAUGACUCUAGCUCUGACGACUCUGACUCCGAGUCGCUCUCAGACGAAGACCAAACUUCAUACCAAAUCGUCUUUCCCCCUCCUCCCACCAAAAAUGUACCCUGUACAUCAUCCGAAACUCACAUUCCAGAGCCAGUCAGACCGACAGCUCAAACCGCGACUACCCCCGAAAAUACUUCCUCCCUUCCUAUUCCCCUCUCUCCCAGCGCGAAGCAAGCCUUGCGCCUCGCCUAUCCUCACCACGGCUUCUCCCGCAGCGCUCUAAUGCACCAAAAAUGGUUCUGGAGUUCACGACACGACGAGUGGGUGGAGUGGCAGGCGCGUCAGGAUGAAUGUAAGCUGCGAGCAGGAGAUGCAGAAAAUUCGUGCCCAGCCCCUACAUGUUCAGAGGAAGACCCCCACUCGCGCAGUCCGUCAUCUGGAUUAGACAGAGACGUUCCAGUCCAAUCCCAAAAUCGUUUUGUUCAAAACAUGAACGCACCAAUUUACCCGCGUAUAGGCGACGUAACAGCCCUUCGAGACGCAUAUUCCGUCAACGUCGACCGCUGCUUCUGCCAGUUCCCUCUGUGGACCAUUCACAAAAUGCUAUAUCUUUUCGAUAUGCACCAAAGGGUUGCUCAGCCUGAGCACGCUCCUAAAAAACUUGAAGAUACCCCAUCUCAGACCCACUCUGAAGCUGAAGACACUGAAUAUAUAGAGAACGUCGGAUCUUCUCAAUCGCUAUCGACUUUCAUUGACGACGAUAAAACCCUUGUCGAAGACGAGUCUCCCUUUGGCUCGCCGAAAAAGGGCUCAGUAGCUACGAAACUUCCUGAGCCUGUGUUUGGAUCUGGAACGCCAGCUGCAGGUUACUUUUGGAAUGGUGCAAGGCCCUGGGAGCUUAGCUGGUAUGCUCGUUGGGAGCUUUUGAUCGGCCUAGUACAGCGCGACCAGGCACUGCGCCAUGCGUCCAUGCAAGCUGUUGUCUCUGCUAGCACGGAUCUUACUGCCACCCUUGCAGAAAAAUGUCAAGCAAGGCAGGACCAUGAUGAACACAUGGAGACUCGCCCGUCGAUUAUCUACUUCUCUGGCGAGAACGGCGAAGAUGAUGAUGACGAAGAAGACUAUGGGACUGUCGUGACCAAUCCACUUUUCGCGAAGCCUUUUGAGCAUGGUUACGAGUGUGCUGGUGAAGUUUUAUCUGGUAAUGGCAGUGGAACUGGAGUAGAGGUUGUAUCGAGGAUGCUUUGUGUUUGA